AUGGCGCGGUUGCCCGCCAGCUGGCUGGCUGUGAUUGCUCGGCGCCACAAGUCCAAGCGGCGCAUUGCUGGCUUCGCGCAAUUGGUGGACUCCAUGAAGCAGAUCUUCCACCCUUCCAGGGUGUAUGUGUUUGAUGGAAAGCUGAAUGUCACCCAAGCCAAAACGGUGUUCAACAGAGCAGCAGUGUUUGUGGGGUUGCACGGGGCAGGCCUGGCCAACAUGGUCUUCAUGCCUCUCAACGCCAGCAUCUUUGAAAUCCGCCCCCGCGGCUACCCCAACCCCUGCUACCACCACCUAGCCACAGCCACCCAGAUGCACUACCAUUUGAUUCUCGGAAAUGGUACCAAGGACAGCGAGUUGAAAUUCAAUCACACCGAGGCUGUUGAGGUGCUGAGACUGAUUGCCAAUCGCACGAGAGCAAGAAUGUCGGCUGAGAAGUUUGAGUCAAUUAAUCUCCUGCCUCCGCUGGAGGCGGUUGGGGAGGAGGAUUGGGAGGAGGGGGGUGGGGAGGAUGGGGAGGAGGAGGAGGACAACGGGGGAGGGGGGAAUGCGGAGUUGACUAUUCCGCUUGAGCUUAUGGCGGAUGUGACUCUAAAGGCGCUGAAUGACACAGAUAUAGGGGCGGAGGAGCAGGAAGAGGAGGUGAUGAAGAGUCUGGAUGAGAAGAUCUUAAAGAAGAUGGAGGAGGAGAGGAUGGUUACCACUGGGGAGUUGAGUGAGGAUAUGAAACGCUCUGUGAUGAAGCAAGUGCAUGUGAACUCAGGGGUGGCGCAUGACAAGCGCAAGGCGAUUCUUAACUGUACGGGCAGCCCGUGCCCAGAUUUUUCGGGCAGGUGUGCGUCGAACCACGAAGCUUCGGCUUGCAGUAUGGAUGAGAUUUCAGACGAGGGGUUUGCCCGCCCGGCGAUUCCUAUAAACUGCCCGAAGAAGGCAAAUGUGGCGACUGUGGGGCCGGAGGGGAGGGAUGAGAGCUGCUCGCACACGUCUGAUUUCGGGUGGUAUGAACCGGGUACAUUCCAGAUUUACCUUCUGCGGGGAGUGUAUAUCGACCACGAGGGGCAUGUGUUCAACAAAACGACUCAUUUCAACCGGGAGGGGUGCAACAACGACUCUCCGUUUGAGUACAAGAAAGGAACGAAGGUCAAUAGGUUGAAGCGAGUGGUGAACCUGGCGUAUUAUCAGGGCCGCAACUUCUACCACGGGCUCAUCGAGUGGACGCCCCAGCUCUUCCUCCUCAGAUCUCUGCUUCACGCCCACCCCACCAUCCCUCUGCUCGCCAUUCAUGACCAGGUGGAAAAUCCUGGUGUAGCUGCAUGCAUCAUCACAGCAGCAUGCACCAUCACAGCUGCAUGCAUCAUCACAGCAGCAUGCACCAUCACAGCAGCAUGCACCAUCACAGCUGCAUGCACCAUCACAGCUGCAUGCACCAUCACAGCAGCAUGCACCAUCACAGCAGCAUGCACCAUCACAGCUGCAUGCACCAUCACAGCUGCACGCACCAUCACAGCUGCAUGCACCAUCACAGCUGCAUGCACCAUCACAGCUGCAUGCACCAUCACAGCUGCAUGCACCAUCACAGCAGCAUGCACCAUCACAGCUGCAUGCACCAUCACAGCAGCAUGCACCAUCACAGCUGCAUGCACCAUCACAGCUGCAUGCACCAUCUCAGCUGCAUGCACCAUCACAGCAGCAUGCACCAUCUCAGCUGCAUGCACCAUCACAGCUGCAUGCACCAUCACAGCUGCAUGCACCAUCACAGCUGCAUGCACCAUCUCAGCUGCAUGCACCAUCACAGCAGCAUGCACCAUCACAGCUGCAUGCACCAUCUCAGCUGCAUGCACCAUCACAGCUGCAUGCACCAUCACAGCUGCAUGCACCAUCACAGCUGCAUGCACCAUCUCAGCUGCAUGCACCAUCACAGCUGCAUGCACCAUCACAGCUGCAUGCACCAUCACAGCUGCAUGCACCAUCACAGCUGCAUGCACCAUCACAGCUGGGCACUGGGAUUUUUACGAGAAUAUAUCCAAGCCAAUCAUAGGGGUGGAGCAGUUCGCUAUGAACCGACUUAAUAUAAGCCGCGGGGAGCUCUUUUAUGCCGAUGAGGUGUACCUUCCCCUAUACCAGGCAUGUGGCAAGGCCAGCCCCUCCCUCUGGUCGCUCCUCCGCUCCCACUUCCUCCUCGCCCCACAAGGCCUCCCCAUCUUUCCGCCCACCACUUGGAUCCAACGGCCAGAAUUGGCCGAUCCGGUGAACCAGACGGAGGCGGCCACGGUGCCGCCCGAUUGGAUGGUGCUGCUGGUGCGGCGGCCAGGUGUCAAGCGCUCAUUGGACCGCUGGGACGAGCUGUAUGAGUCCGCUGUGUCGGUGUUCUCACUCAACCGGGUGCAUGUGCUAAAUGGCUCAGUGCCCAUGCUCAAAGCUCGGUCGCUGUUUCGAAGAGCGAGGCUGCUUAUAGCGGGUCAUGGAGCAGCAAUGGCAAACAUGGUCUUCAUGCGACCCAACAUGACAGUUUAUGAGAUUCGACCCGACAAGAGCAACAACGCGUGUUACCACCACCUAGCACACGCGUGUGGGCUCCGGUACUACCUGACGUUUGGGGAUGGGGAUGGGGAGAGCAUAGUGAAGAUCGAUGUGGGGAAGAUAACGGGGGUGUUGAAGGAAAUUGCCAAGACGUUUCCGCCUUUGCCUGGUGAUGAGCAUCCAGAUGAUGUGUCUAUAUUUGGGGACAGCCCGGCCGGGUAG